CGAUCGUCGCGUGGAGAACUGCUUCGGAGUUCUACUUCGGGAUGACUUUUUUACAAGCCGUAUCAAGUGGUUAGUAAAAAGUGAAUUUGUCUCUGCUUAUGGGGUCGCAGCUUUUCGGUAGCGUGUUAGUGAAAUUGUGAGAACUUCAUACCUUUCUGGAGACGCCUAAAUGUCUAGCAACGCAUCUAUAGAAUUUGCUCGAGAUGGACGUUUCGAAUUGUUUUAUAUAUUUUCAUUGAAAACAUAUCGCAUUACUGAUUAUCGAGAUAUAAAUAAAAAGUUUGGAUAUACGGUAGUGAAAAGGUUAGUGCCAAGGGCCAGUUCUUGGAUAUUCUGA